UGGUCGAGCGAACAACCACAAUUGCGAGGGCAGCGGAUACGAGACGAGAAGCGAGCGGUACUAUCUAGUAUUAUACGUUGCAGGAGCGAAAGACGAGGCCACUGGACAACAGAGACGUGUCGCGGGUGUAACAGAAAACAAAACAACAAACAGAAACUAACGGAGAGCUAUCGUAGUGCCUGAAAUAUCCAAUAAUUUCGAGUGACAUUCGCCACAAAUCAAUCGAUCGUUCGUUUUGAAACCUGAUUUGUAGAGUUCGUUUCUGCAAGUGUGUGUGUGCAUGUAAGCCAUGGGUUCUGGGCGAGCGAGCGAGAUAGAGCCAGAACACUGAUUCGAUUCGAAUUCAAUUACAAAAUUCAUUGAGUGUCAAUUACAACCGCAAAACAAACCGCACGCACAAAUCUCAGGAGAAGGAGAUCCAGCGAUCCCAAAGAUCCCGAAGAUCCCAAAGAUCCAGAUCCAGAACAGAGCCAGAGCCAGAGCCAUAAAUCAUGUCUACGACAUUGAUGUUGCUGCCGUGCAUGUUGCUGCUGCUGCUGACCGCCGUUGCCGUUGCUGUCGGCGGCACGCGACUCCCGCUGGAGGUGUUCGAGAUCACGCCGACAACGUCCUCAGCGGACAAGCACAAGAGUCUGCAGUACAGCGUCUACGAUGCCAAAGAUAUUUCAGCCGCAACUGGGGCGACCAGUACGGUGAAGCCCGCUGCAGAGCAACUGACCGUGGUGAGCAUGUCCACGGCGAACGAAGAGAAGGACCUCGCCGAGUCGCGGCGACAGGCGCGACAAAUGUUGCAGAAACAGCAGCAACACCGCAUCCUCAACAAGCACGGCGAACGGGAUUUGCGCAUCCUUUACCAAGUUGGGGACUCUGAGGAGGAUUUGCCCAUCUGUGCACCGAAUGCUGUUUGCUCUAAAAUUGAUCUGUACGAAAUCCCCUGGAUCGAACGUCAAUGUCGCUGUCCUGAAUCGAAUCGUAUGCCCAACAACGUGAUCAUCCAUCAUCACAGUCAUCCGUCGGUAUCUGCGGAUACCCUGAAGUACAGAAAUUACUACGAAAGGGAAAAAAUGAUGCAGCACAAGCGAAUGCUUUUGGGUGAAUACCAGGACAAGAAGUUCGAAAGUCUGCACAUGAAGAAGCUAAUGCAGAAGUUGGGCGCCGUCUACGAAGAUGAUUUGGAUCACCUGGAUCAGUCUCCGGACUAUAAUGAUGCCCUGCCCUAUGCGGAGGUGCAGGAUAAUGAAUUCCCCCGGGGAUCGGCGCACAUGAGGCACUCGGGACACCGGGGCUUAAAGGAGUCGCCACCUACUUUUAUUGGUGGCUGUCCCAGUAGUUUGGGUGUGGAAGAUGGCCACACCAUUGCGGAUAAGACUAGGCACUAUAAGAUGUGCCAGCCGGUGCAUAAGUUACCAGUUUGCAAACACUUCCGUGACUACACUUGGACUUUGACAACGGCAGCCGAGUUAAAUGUGACAGAGCAGAUAGUUCACUGUCGGUGUCCCCGGAAUUCGGUGACCUAUCUGACCAAGAGGGAACCCAUUGGCGAUGGCAGUCCAGGCUACAGAUAUCUGUUCGCCUGUUCUCCCCUGACGCGCCUUCGCUGUCAGCGAAAGCAGCCGUGCAAGCUGUUCACGGUGCGAAAGCGUCAAGAGUUCCUCGACGAGGUCAACAUUAACUCCCUGUGCCAGUGCCCCAAAGGACACCGCUGUCCCAGCCAUCACACACAGUCCGGCGUGAUAGCCGGCGAGAGUUUCCUGGAGGACAAUAUACAGACAUACUCCGGGUACUGCAUGGCCAACGAUUGAGGUCAUCCCCAAGGGAUCAUUCCACACACAUAAAAAACACUUUGUAAAGGAGGAUAGAUUGAGCGGAGGAGCAGCUACUACAUAGAUAUCGACUGAGCCAAUUGAGUCUCGCCAAGUUACCAACUAAUGAGAAAGGAAAAACGAACAAAUACAAGCUUAGAACUUAAAAUGCACUUCCACACAAAUCAUUUUAAAGUUUUGAUAGAGCGUGUUUCUUUUGCUACCAAAUUUUGGUCAUAAAACGUAUGAUAUAAAUAUUUAAUUAGUUUUAAGAAUCGAUAUGUGCGCAGUUUGUUAUACAAAUAAUUUGUAAUGAAUAUUUAUGAAAACAAGAGCAAAACCUGCAACGAAGGAGGGCAUACCUUCCAAUAUGUAAUAUAGCAACAAACUAUACUCGUAAUCUAACCCGCAUAAAUUGUAUAUAUUUUGAUAUGUAUAACUAAAACAGUUUCAGUUAUAAUUUAAACGGAAAAUACGUAGAGCAACGCAGCAAACGUCAAAGAGCAGGAUGUGCCAAAUGUGCAGAUGGGGUGCAGUUAGUUAACGUAAGGAUAUAUCAUUGAAUAAUUCAUAGCGAGGGCAGUUCGAAACUGUGGCAACUCUGGCAGCUGUUUAGUGCAAUUUUUGUGACGUCUUCAGAGCUAUUUCCCUUCAAAUUCAGCAAUGAGCUUGCAAGGAAAUUAUAAUUAAAAUAAGAAAUUGCGCAAAGGCAUUUCACUCCAUGUAAACGUAUAGUAACCACCAUGACUCCUCCUCUUUCCUCUAACUAUGCAUAUGUAAAUCGAUUUAAGCUACAAUAUUUGGUUUUUAUAAAAACGAGCAACGAAAUUGAGAGAUGUUUGGGUUAAAACAUUUUGUAAAAAGGC